AUGGUUGACACUGAUUCCUCCUAUGGGAGGAGACUUAUUCCCCAGAUCCUUGAUCGCCUGGCGAAGGCGGAUCCAGAACGCAUCGUCUACUCCAUUGCCAGCUUUUCAGAUGGUGUCCCAGCAUUCAAGGAUAUCAACGCACGAGAUUUUGCACGGGCCGUUGACAAAACAGCAUGGUGGCUCUAUAAACAUCUCAAUGAAAUGAAUGCAGCCCCCAACGGCGAUCCGGCACAGGAGCAUGCUGUAACACAGAAGCCGCCGAAGAUCCAAUCUUUGGGUUACAUUGGACCUCAUGACAUUCGGCAUGUGCUGUUGACCUAUGGUGCUGUCAAGGCUGGCUGUGCUGCCCUCUUUCUUUCGCCAAAGAACAACAUCACCGGUGCGUUAGCUGUUCUCAAUGCUUCAGAUUGCAAUAUUUGGGUGAAGCCCCGAGAGCAAGCAACGCUCCCCCUAGUGGAAGGGAUUUUGCAGGAGAAGUACAUGAGAGUUCUCGAUCUCCCGAGUGUAGAUGAGCUUCUGGACUCCGAGUCAACAGAGCCAUUCGUGUUUGAUAAGGCCUUCGAGAGUGUCAUCAACGAGCCAUUUUGCAUAUUGCACACUUCGGGAACUACUGGCGUACCAAAGCCAAUUCUGUGGACGCACGGUUUGAUCGGUACCAUGGAUGCCGUUAGACUGCUGCCUCCAAUCGAAGGUGAUGGUGGGCUGGCUCCUUGGACGGACAAUUGGAAUGAAGGUGAUCGGAUCUACUCCUCCUUUCCUAUGAGCCAUGGUGCCGGUGUAAUCAUGGAUAUACUUAUGCCUUCUUUGUUCAAUCUUCAUUGUAUCCUUGGGCCUUCGGGUGUCUUGCCCAAUCUAGGACUGAUUGAGUCACUCACUGGUCAUGUCGACAUAUGGAGUAUGGUACCUUCACUUGUGGACGAGCUAGGCGAGAACUCAGAAGCUUUGGCCAAGUUCAAGUCUUCCAAGUUCAUUUGCGCCUCUGGUGGUCCCGUCAGCCCCGCCAUUGUUUCCAAGGUCAAUGAAGUAGUCAGGGUACUCAACCUCACAGGCACAACGGAAGGUCUCUUUAUCGGCAAUCUUUGGGUUCCGAGAGAAGACUGGCAUUGGUUUGCUUUUCAUCCCUACUCAGGAUUUGAGUUCAAAGAGGUGCAGCCUGGUGUAUACGAACACUGGGUACACCGUAAUGAGCACUGGGCUCUAUUCCAGGGGAUAUUCUAUACCUUCCCUGACCAGGACUCAGUCAAUCUCAAGGAUCUGUACAUCAGACACCCGACGAAUCCAAAUCUCUGGGCCUUCAGUGGUAGAAGUGAUGAUGUCGUUGUACUCUCCAAUGGGUACAAGAUCUCUCCCUUGGACACAGAGGCUUUGGUAACGACGCAUCCUGCAGUCGAAGGCUGCCUUAUGAUUGGCACUGGGAAACCUCAAGCAGGUCUUCUGAUUGAGCUCAAAGACCACUCCGAGAAGAACAACGAGCUGUUCGAUAGCAUCUGGGCGAUCGUUGAGAGGGCAAAUAACUCUACUUUCCAGAAGACUCGACUGCAAAGAGAGUAUAUAGCCUUCUCCGAGGUAGACAGGCCCUUUAUACGAACAGACAAACAGACCAUCAAACGCCGCGCCACUCUAGAUCUUUAUGCAGACUUUAUCGAGCGCUUCUACAUCUCCCGAGAUGAGGAAGCUGAGGAUGAAGAUUUUGAUGCAUUCUCGAUCGACACUACAUCGAUUGACACCGUGAGAGAAUCGGUCUCUCAUGUUAUACGGUCUGUUUUGCCAGAGGUUGAGGACUUCCCGACCGACGAGGACGUCUUUGACCUCGGCUUAGACUCUCUUCUCGUUUUUCGAGUCAUCAGAAUCAUCCGCGCCGUUACAGGGCUGGAGGAAAGGCUGGCUCCCCGCCAUUUGUAUGCCCAUCCAACGAUAGACGAAUUUUCUGUCCAGCUUCUCAAGAUAUUGGAAGAAGAAAAGGCCAGGAAAACUGCGAUGAGCUUAUUGAGUGACGCGGAGACAAGCGCAACGGCAGACAAACCAUGUUCAAGCAUCGAAUGUGAUGAGAUGAAGAAGAUUGUAGGUGAUCGCAAGCGACAUCUGGGAUCCAAGAUGAACCCAUUUGAUGCUGUCAAUCCCAAUCACUACAUGGGUCUCAACUUCUACUUUGCUCUUCUGCCAGGCGUCAGCUUCGACGAAGCCUUUGCCAAGUUACAGGCUGGACUUGUUCGUGCCUUUGAGAUCAUUCCCGAGCUUGACGGCAGAAUGAUGCUGGCCUCGGAGCACGAGUUUGGAUAUAAGAAAGGCGAGUAUCGCAUUACGAUACCUCCUCACCCGUUGCCAGCCUCCUCCAAGCCGAGGCAGUUGGUCUACAAAGACCUUUCUCGGGUCCUUCCGUCAUUUGGGAAGAUGCGUCAAGCAGGCUUCUCGCCAUCUUUGUUCAGCGAUGACCUUGUACUAGAUUGUCCACCUUUCCCUCCGAUGCCAGCAGAUAUACUCGUCGCACAGGCCAAUUUCGUUGAAGGUGGGUGCAUUUUGGCCACCAACUUCAUUCACACCUGUCUAGAUGCUGUUGGCGUCAUGGUGGCAAUUAGAGUAUGGGCCGAGUGCUGUCGGUAUCUUGACGGCGAUGAGACGGCAACGUGUGACUGGUUCGAUCCCGAAAGCUUCAAUCAUGAUCUUCCUGAGAUUAUUUGGGAGCAAGAAGGAUAUGCAAAGCCGGUUCAUGAGGUUGAUCCUGGCACGUGGGGGUUUCUUCCUUUCACGCCCGAGAUUGGCGUCGACCUGCGCAAUGGGACAGCCUCUCACAACGAGAUCAUGGCUGCCAAAAAGCCUCGUACUACGCAGAAUACUCUCCCUCCCGCCCCUAUGUUCCCGGGAAGCCCAGUAUGGCCCGCUGCUCCGAGCGAGCGAUCACUCAGCACUACAGUCUUCCUUCUUUCCGGGGAGAGCAUCCAUAAACUCAAACAAGAAGCCCUGACAGAUCCUGGAACCAAGGGUGUCUCUACAUCAGUGAUUGACAUCGUGCAAGCCUUUUUCUGGCGUGCGUCAAUCAAGUCUAGAUAUAGAGUGGCCAAGGAGAUCAGGAACCAGGUGUUUCAGCCUGAUGAGCUGUCAAUUCUCGAAAUGCCAAUUGAUGGCCGGCCUUACUUUUCGUCACUGUUGCCGUCGUCCUACAUGGGCAGUUUGCUUGUUAUGAACCGCCCAGUCAUGUCCAUCGAAACUCUCUGCUCUCCCGAAACAAACAUCUCACAGAUUGCGCGCGUGAUUCGAGAGGCAGCCGCACGAAUCACGCCAUCACUCGUCCAUGACACAUUUACUCUACUGCGUUCCAUGACAGACUAUAGUAAGCCAGCAACAGCAAACAUGGGUCUCGAACACAUGAACGCCAUGAUAUCCAACAUGAUGCUGUUUCAGACAAGCGACAUCUCGUUUGGUGACUCAUUCUUUGAGGGGGGAAGCCCGGAAACAAUGCGGCCACAGAUUGAACGUGGUCAUAGACGAUUUCGUUUCUUGGUCAUCUCUCCCAUGAGAAAGGAUGGUAGCGUGGAGCUCGUGCUCGGAACCUUGCCGGAGGAAUUAAACAUGUUCAUGAGUGAUGAGGAGUUCACCAAGUAUGCAGUCUUGUUGGAUCAUAAGCGAGCUUGA